AGAGGCCACGCAGUUGCGUUUUUUAUUUUACGGCAGAUGGUUGUGCUUUACGGCACCGUCGCAUCUGUCACCGCGGCUGAACUUUUUGCAGCUAUGCGGUCUUUUCUGCUGGCGCGUCUCCUCCUGUUCCCGCUGCUAGCGAACAACGUCGCAGGCGGGGACAGCGCCAGAAAGCCCAACGUCGUUCUGGUGAUGGCCGACGACUUGGGUAUCGGCGAUCUGGGUUGCUACGGCAAUAACACCAUCAGGACCCCCAACAUAGACAGGCUGGCCUCCGAGGGGGUGAAGCUGACUCAGCACAUCUCGGCCGCCCCGGUGUGCACCCCGAGCCGGGCUGCUUUCGUGACUGGACGUUACGCUAUCCGCUCAGGGAUGGCAGGGUCAGGCGCGGUACAGGUGAACUUGUUCCUGGGGGGUUCGGGUGGGCUCCCGCCCGGGGAGACCACUUUUGCCAAGAGACUGCAGCGGCAAGGAUAUACCACCGGCCUAGUUGCAACCCCUAGUGGUCCGCAGGUGUGUUGCUUCAAAUCGCACGUUUCUACGUCCUCGCCGAGCGUCUCGACCGCUAACUGUCGCGUAAACAAUACUCUGCAAACCGACGCAGGUAAAUGGCACCUCGGCGUGAGCUGUGAGCGCAGAGAGGAUCACUGCCACCACCCCAACCGGCACGGUUUCAGCUUCUUUUACGGCCUGCCGUUCACCUUUUUUAACGACUGCGUUCCGGGAAUGGGGACGAGCAUCCGGGCCGGCCUGCAGCGCACGCUCCGCAAUUUGUCCGCGUUGCUGGCGGUUGGCCUCGUCACGCUGGUCUGUGCCCGCGCUCGGGGCUUUGUCGACGUCAGCCCGCGGCUCCUGGUGGCCCUUCUCUCGUCCAGCGUCCUGGCGGUGGCGGUGUGGUACGUUCCCUUCGGACUGCUGCCCAGGUGGAACUGCAUCGUCAUGAAGGACCGGGACGUAGUGGAGCAGCCCCUAACGGUGGAGACGCUGCCUCUCAGGAUGCUGACGGAAGCGCAACGUUUUAUCGAGAGGAAUGCUGAUCGUCCGUUCCUCCUGUUUUUCUCGCUGGCCCACGUGCACACGCCGCUCUUCCACACAGCGGCCUUUGCCGGCAGAAGUCGCCACGGUCACUACGGCGACGACGUGGAAGAGAUGGACUGGCUCGUCGGUGAGCUCACGAAGACUGUGGAUUCACUGGGCCUGGCCAACAACACUCUUAUAUACUUUGCAUCAGACCACGGAGGACACAUCGAGGAUCACCAGAAAGGAGGAUGGAAUGGCAUCUAUCGAGGUGGGAAAGCUAUGGGAGGCUGGGAAGGUGGCAUCAGAGUCCCUGGUAUCUUCCGCUGGCCGGGCAGACUGGCAGCCGGGAAAGUGGUGAACGAGCCCACCAGCCUGAUGGAUCUCUACCCCACCUUGAAGUUUCUGGCUGGGGACACCCAACCUGACAGACCCUCGGACGGCCACAACCUGAUGCCGCUGCUGGAGGGGAAGGUGGAUCGAUCGGAGCACGAGUUCAUGUUUCAUUACUGCGGCAGCCACUUGCACGCCGCACGAUGGCACCCUGCAGACAGUGACUCCAUCUUCAAAGUGCAUUUCUCCACCCCAAACUUUUCACCGCCGGGCGCCGUGGGAUGCCACGACACACAGAUCUGCCUGUGUCACGGGGAGCACGUGACGCACCACGACCCGCCGCUGCUCUACGACCUUUUCCGAGACCCCUCGGAGUCACGGCCGCUGGACCCCGGCGAGGAGCCGCGCCAUGCGGAAGUCCUCCGUGAGGUGGCCGAAGCCGCGGACGAGCACCGACGCUCCUUGGCGGGGAAACAGCCGGAGCAGCUUACCUGGGAGAAGAUCCUGUGGAGGCCCUGGCUUCAGCCAUGCUGCGGAACAUUCCCCUUCUGUGGCUGUAAAGAAGAGACAAGAUGUCCAGUGGCACAUAUCUGAUAUGGCUGUGUUGACACCGAUAGAACCUCUGAAGCCACCAUGCACCCACAUUGCACUGGUACACACGCCUGACUUCGGUGCGGGCAGCGUGGGGUCGAUUCCUGCUCAGUGAUGGUGUCAGUGUGCGGCCUGCGACUUGCUGCCGACAAGUUUGGGGCCUGGUGCGUCUUUCGCCUGAAAUUAGUUGGGUUAGGCUCGAGCACUCCCGCGGCCCUUGUGAGGAUAAGCAGCUUGGAAGAUGGAUGGAUGGAUACCUCUUUUACUCAUUGAGCUACAUUUUAUUUGUAUAUCUCUCACUGUCUAUACAGUUUACCCUUCUAUGCUACCUGCGUAUUAUUGCUUGCAAUAUCUAUUUUUAUUUUUAUUUUUUUAGAUUCUUCAGAGACUGUCUCUAGAGUCUCUGACGCUGACUUGUGUCUCAUCAAGCCAGUGUAAUCACUGGUGAUAUUUGGCUCCAUUUUGCCAAUGAAAUGAAGCCAAGAAGUCAUAUGAGUGCACACAAAAUCUCAAAAGCAACAUCUUCAAAGUGUCUAGUUCGUAUAAGGGAUGGCAGACACAACAGCGUCUGAUUUGCAAUCAUAAGAGGCCUCACAUUCAGUCUGGUUUUACCUGACACACUACAAAAAAGAGCAUCUAUUGGGUGUUGAAUGGCUUCAGAUUUUUUUUUGUAGUCAACACUAAGGAGAUGAUCGUACAAUAAGCAUUGAUUAAUGAGUGACAUUAUGUUUUUACUUGUCAACAAGCGAUGCUUGCUUUCCCCUUCAAACAUGAGCUUCCUCACUCACUGGUUUUCCAUGCCAUCCUUGGUUGCACUGCUCCACCCCCAGACUCGUUCAUCCAAUCAUAUUCCGACACCCGCUCAUCCCAAGUGUCUUUAUCUAAUACUUAUCUGAGUACAUACAGAGAUAGAUGGAUGCAUUUUUCCCUUUAAAGUAUGAAAAAAACACAUUAUGAUGUUUGUCUUUUUUUUUUAAUGAAUUUAAGAGGUUGUCAGUAGUACACAAGAAAAAAAACUGCUCCACGCAAUCCGCUUGAUGAAUGCAUACUUGAAUGAAUACAUUUUUUCCAUCAAAUCACACCUAAGGGCAAUUUAGAGUCUCCAAUUAAGGCAUGUUUUUGGGAUGUGGGAGGAAACCGGAGUGGGUGGAAAAACCCACGUAGGCACGGGGAGAACAUGCAAACUGCACACAGGCGGAGUGGAGAUUUCAAUCACCGCCAUGCCGCCACAUUUUUUUUUUUUUAAUCAGUCCAUAAUUAUAAAUGAAGGAAAGCUGCUUAUCUGAAAAUUCUAUAUUGCAGUUUUUCCAUUUAGAAGACAUCCCUUUUUUCUGGUAGCCACUUGAGAAAACGAAGCAAAGAACCCUUUGCGAGUGUUCAUUUCUGCUUGUGUGAGUCAAUGAGGCAUUGAGGAAAAAUGUAUGGCUUUCCAAAUGAACAUUAAAGGAAUUCAAGACAUCUCAAUGGAAACACGCUCGUUGUGAUCCCUGAUAGCAAUUACGGAGGGUAAUCAGAAGCAAAAUGUAUUUGGAAACAAUUCAUCCACUAUUAUGAGGGGCUCUCAUCGCAGUAGGAAAUUGUGCAUUAUUUCUCAGAGCGGCAAAGUGCAGUC